UAAAGACAAAAAUACAGACGACAGCUGGCUCGGCUAGUUGGGGAAGUCGCUUUAUAACCUCCGUGUUUGGGGGUAAAAAAAAAAAAAAUAAUAAUAAAAAAAACCUCUCAUGUCUAAUCCAGCAGAAAUGUCGACAGUCCAAACUUUGAGGACGUUCGUCAACCAGCGACUGACUGCGGCUGUCGAGGAAAUAUUAGGAGUGUUUGAAAAGACUAUAGUUGUGUACGAGGAGGAGAUCGAGCGGCAGCGCAGACUGCUGGACAUCGUCUUGAAACCUGAGAUCAAACUACACAGAGCAGAUCCUCCACAGCCAUCUGUGUGUAAGGAGGAGCUUCUCCUUGACCAGCGGCACUGCAGCAAAGAGAGCGACUCCAGUCUGGGUCAAGAGCCUCCACAGAUUAAAGAGGAGCAGGAGGAACUGUGCAUCAGUCAGGAGGGAGAGCAGCCGUUAGUGCAGGAGGAGGAUGUCCUCAAGUUGACUCCUACUAGUGAGGGAAGUGACCAUCAGUCUCUGCAUUCAGAUCUUUACCAGACAUCAAGUGCAGCAGAAGAAGAGCCUGUAGGCAACGUCUCAUUUAAACCGACUCAAUCUGAAGCUGACGGAGAGGCCUGUGGAGUUUCAGAAGCAAACGGUGACAGUCAGCUUUGCUCUCACAACCAUCAUGCAGAUGAGAGUGAAGCUUACAAAACAUCCAGCAGUGGGAGUGAAGGAUCAAGUCAGAGUCCUGAUCCAAAACAACAAGACAGAGCUCACAAGUGUGACUGCUGCAGUAAAGAGUUUUCAGACAUGAAGAAGCUGAAAACUCACCUGAGAACCCACACAGACAAAAGGCUGUUCAGAUGUGACACUUGCGGGAAAGCUUACAUCUACAUGUGCUACCUGAGAAACCACAUGAGGACUCACACGGGGGAAAAGCCUUUCAAAUGCGACUUUUGCGGCAAAGGAUUCAGCUGUCACUCAAACCGCAGCAAGCAUGUUAAAAUCCACACAGACCCUCCACAGCCACCUGGGUGUAAGGAGGAUCUUCUUCUUGACCAGCAGCACUGCAGCAAAGAGACUGACUCCAGUCUGGGUCAGGAGGUCCCAGAGCCUCCACAGAUUAAAGAAGAAGAGGAGGAACUCUGCAGCAGUCAGGACGGAGAACUGCCGUUAGUGCAGGAGGAGGAGGAGGAGGAUGCCUUCAAAUUGACUCCUACUAGUGAGGGAAGUGACCAUCAGUGUCUGCACUCAGAUCUUUACCAGACUCAGAGUGCAGCAGAGGAAGAGCCUGUAGCCAACAUCUCAUUUAAACUGACUCAAUCUGAAGCUGAGAGUGAAAGCUCUGGAGUUUCAGAACCAAACAGUGACAGUCAGCUUUGCUCUCACAACCAUCAUGUAGAUGAGAGUGAAGAUUACAAAAUGUCCGGCAGUGUGAGCGCAGGAUCGACUCACGGCACCGAUCCUAAGCAGCAAAACAGAGCUAACAGGUGUGACAGGUGCAGCAAAGAGUUUUCGGACAUGAAGAAGCUGAAAACUCACCUGAGAACCCACAGCGGCAAACAGACUUUCAGAUGUGGCACUUGCGGGAAAGCGUUUAACCGGAUGUGCUACUUGAAAACACACAUGAGAGCUCACACGGGGGAAAAGCCUUUCAGUUGCAAAACUUGUGGAAAAGAAUUCAGCUGUCAGUCGAACCUUACCAAGCAUGUUAGGAUCCACACGGGGCAGAAGCCGUACAGCUGUGUCCACUGUGGGAAGGAGUUUUCUGACGGGACUUACUACAACACACAUCUACGAGUGCAUACAGGAGAGAAGCCAUAUGAAUGUCUUUUUUGUGGAAAAGAAUUUGCCGUCAGCUCCACUUUGAAGAGGCACACCAGAAUCCACACGGGUGAAAAGCCUUUUAAGUGUGGCACUUGUGGGAAGGCUUUCAUUGAACACAUAAGCUUGAAAAGACACAUGAUGGUACACACAGGAGAAAGACCGUAUAGAUGCAACACCUGUGGCAAAGGCUUUAUCAGGCGCUCAAAGCUGAAGACACACAUGACUUCACAUGCAGAAGUGCAGAGUUAAGUUUUUAAAAAGGUGUCAUGAACAGGGCGUUUUUCCAGGAAUGUUACACUUGAAUCGUGUUUGAAAUGGUACAUAUGCACGGUGUUUGUCAGAUGUCAUAUUUAACCCUGACAUCUUGAAUAUAGAAUCAAGCUCUGUUCUCAUGUACAUACUGUUUUGUUAUGAGCUGCCAUACAACUGUGUGAAGCUGCGAGGUGAGCUACACCUUCAGUCUCUAAUAGGCUAGUGAAGAGUUAACAGAUGAUUAUUUAAACUGUGGUAUGACGAAAGUUUAAGCUGUCUGAACUUUGUGUAUGAGCAAGACAAUAAAACAUGGUGAAUACA